AAACCAAGAAACAGACCUGGACUGAAAUCACCAAUCAGAUCAACAGUCUGGGAGAGAAUCACAGAGAGCAUUUCUGUAUAGAUGACAUCAGUGGUUCCCUUACUUUCAACCUGCAACUCCUUGAAGCAGAGAUGUGUCCACUUCGAUGCCCUUACACAACUUUCCAUUGUUAACAGGUUGUGAGCAGUUGAACCAAAGACUGACCCUUCCUUCUCACGUUGUUUUUUGAAUAGUGUAUAGAGGUCCUUGAAGGUAACAUUGUCCAUUAAUUCACAAGAGAAACAAUAUGACGGAGAAAAAUUACAUUAAAAAACAAUUCUCUGUCCUGUUGACCAUCUCACAACCCCUCAGAACGAUCUUGCGAAUCCUUAAAGGUCCCAAAUGAUGAAGGAUCAGCGCUUCUACCGUAUUACCUUCUUGAUUAAUCAGCCGAUGAUUUUGUUUAUAAAAGGUUUGAACAUCCCCAUCACAUUUGUCAGAGGUCUUCAAAUUAGUUUGGGGUCUGGAGAGUUGGUCAAACAAAACAAUGAAUUACUAUUUAAUUGACUGAUAUGAUAUGGACCCGGAGCAAUUAAUUGUUCUGUCCAGACCAAUCCACUACUUGUUCCAGCCCUAGUUUGAUGCAUCAGUAGAGGUUACUGUAAUAACAGGCUACAUUCAAAAGAAUGUUUUUCACAGGUGCGUCAGAUCAUGAAGAAAUGGGCGGACCUCAAAUGUGAUGGAAAGCGACGCGCCUUAGCUCUCAGGAGCCCCAAUGGCAGCAACCUGAGGAAGAAGAACCUGGGCCCCAUAGAGAGGAUGGUCCAUAAGAUCCUCAUCAUGAGUCCCAGAGCAGGUGGCGACAGCGAUCUGGACUUUGGUGAAGAUGAAGAAUUUUCAAAGCUUUACAAUAAAGGACCGCCCCCCAACUCUACCCCCUACUCAUACCUCAGCAUGACGGACAGUUCCCACUCUGUCCCCGGAGGAGCCUCCUUCGACCUCUCUCCUCUCUCCUCACCAGAGAAAGAACUUGAUGGCGAUCCUUUCCACUUGUCCUCUGACUUUGACCUGGCUGACGAUGGAGAAUGCACCUUGGACUAUGAAGAAAACGACGACUCCUUGUUCUCCUCCUACCCUUCCUCUCUUCCCCCACCCUCCUCCGCCUCACCCACCUCCCUGGACCCCCUGCCUGACAAUGCCCUGCUGAGGAUGAAGCCGGUCCACACGUACUCCCGAAACAGCCAGAACCAGACCCAGAGCUACACCUCCCCCCGACCUCCUCCACCUGGACCCUCUUCCUCUGUGGCCUCCACCUCCUUGGUUUUCUCUUCAGUGUCUGACUCAGACACCGCCUUGUCCGCCGCUGCGCCUCCCUCGUCGCAGUCCCCCACAAGCUCCAACAUGACUGCCUCCUCCCUCCCUGCUCCCCCUCCCUCGUCUUCCUCAUCCUCUACAACUGUCGCCUCUCACCCUGCACCUUCCUUUUCCUCCAUCCUACCACCUCCUGCUCCUCCCGCUGCUGUAUCUUCCUCCUCUUCCAACUCUCAUCAACCUUCUCCCUCCUCCGCCUCAGUCCUCCCACCCAAUCAUCCGUCCACCUCAGGCUCCAACCAUGAGCCUCUCCCGGCUGGAGCGUCCUCCCGCAGGGCUCACGAUAACGUGGCCCAGAUGGCCUCUCAGGGCCUGCAGCAGCAGCGGGCCAGCAGGAUGCUUCUGACCUCAGUGUCUCAGUCUCUGGAGGUGUUGGCUCAGUCUGUGCAGCUGCUGGUGGAGAGCCAGCAUGAGUUUGUGCAGGACUCUCUGCAGCUGCAGAGGGAGACGGUGGACAUCCUCAGGGAUUUCUCCAACACGGCGCUGACUAUGCUGAGAGACAAAGCCAACAGUGGACAACUGGCGACACAUCCUCCGCCCGCUGCACACUUCUGAAAAAUGGAGAUGAACAAACAUGGGCAGGUAAAGUUUGGCAGUGGGAGCAGAUCACAGGCGAUCGACCACCACUUGGAGACCUUCUGAGUCAAACAUCCUUCUUGUUGGUAAAAUCAUGAAAGACUUUGCUAGCCAUGAUGGCUGCUGGGCAGAAAAGUUCUUUGCUGAAAACGGCACAAACACAUGCAGUGGGCCAUGAUCUCAUCAGCUGUUUAUUUAUGUGCCUGAAUCUUCUCUUUCUUUUCAAUAUUUACUGUUUGUAUCAGGCUCAUGUGUUAUCCACACUGUAAUUGGCUUUCACUGGUUUGGUGCACUGGGACACUUUUAACUGGCUCACUGAAUGAGAGGAAAUGAACAAAAGAACAGUACCGUGUCAGUAGAAUAGAAAAGUAGCCUGCGUCUGAGUGGGAGCGCCCCCCCCAGCAGCUUAAUAUGUGACUGUUGGAAUCUUAUCUGCAGUAACAGCUGGUUUGAUGUUUUGCUCAAGGGCAGCGUGGCAGGUGCUGUUGAGACAGAAAGCACAUGUUGUCCUCAUGGCUGAUCUUCACAACCACAUCCUGUCUGAUGCGACAACCACUUUGACUCAUGAAUAAUAAUAAAACAUUUUCAACACUAUUCACAUGUUUUUCUGAGUUUACUGCAGGUGAUGAAAUAAAUAUCUUCUGUAAUUUCCAAAGUUUUCAUUUGAGUAAUUUUUCCAAAUGAAGGACGAUCAUUGUCUUGUUUAUCUGAUGGAGUGAUGGUCAGACAGUAAAUGUCAUCACAUUUCCCUCCAUUAAAACGGCAUCGAAAAAAAAUCCAAAAGUAUAACAGAUUUGAUGCAGAAUACGUUUGAGCUAACACGUGCAGAAAAUUCAAAACAUGGUUUGUUUUGAAUGUUGUACAAAAUAGCGGUUAAUGAAAAAUACUGGCGUAAUGUACACACAUGCAUUUAGUGGUUUUAAACACCAACAAACGACCAUGACAUUGAGUGCAGAAAUGAGACGUCUGAGUGUACACACACGUUAGUAUUUGGGAGGUUCUGCUGCCCACAAUAGACAUGAAGACGAUGUGCUUUUGAAACUCUAGUUCUGUGUCCAGCUCAUAGCGGUGGAUUAUAAAUAUGCAGAUACCCUCUGUCUGACUGACUGACCAAAGGACUUGUAACUGUCUGCUGUAACACCAGGUCAUGUGAUGUUUAAACAACCAAAUCCUGAGAAUAAAGAUUUUAUUAUUAAAAGAA